GUGGCGGUGAUGAUGAUGGCGGUGAUGGUGGUGACGUGUGGUCCAGGUGGUGUAGUACAGUACCAGUUACUAGUCAGGGGCGCCCUACUUCCCAACCACUACAUCUGGACUACAAUACACGCCCAGUCCGAUCUACAGUGUGCUAUGUGGGCCAGCAAACAAGGCGUGACGACUUUUGGCAAUACAGAUGACGUCAGUGAGAGUGGAGUGGAGUGUGCCCUUGCCAAGCACGACACACCCGCCACGCCCACACUCCUUACACCCACACUCCUUACCACCAACGACUCCGCUCACACAGUCUGGAUUGCUCAGUCCCCCCCAGACGAGGCCGCUACUACCCCGCCCAUCACUGCCACUACAGCCACACCUGCCAUUACAACUACGGUCCCUGCCACCACCGCCACACCCCCUGCCACUACAACGAUGCGCCUUGCCACUACUACGGUCCAUACCAUCACAACCACAGCCGUCGCUACAACUACAACAGCUAACCCAACCACAACUACAACCAUUCCCUCAGGUGGUGUGUGCCAUGCUGUGCAAGGAAGCUGUGAUACUGUCGGGGAGUUCUUCAUUCACCCUACUGACUGUGCCAAGUACCUAAGGUGUUCCACUACUAAUAAGUUGGAGGAACACCCCUGUGGUAGUGGAACACACUGGAGUCAGUCAAAACUGACCUGCGACAUGAUUGCUUCAGUCAUUGAGCCUUGUAGAUGUUGAGACGCCGCGCCGUAGUGACAGCAGAACAUAAAUUAUUAUCCCAUCACCUGUCAACAUUAUGAAACUUGUCAACAUCACAGCAUCCGUCAAUAGCCCUCAUACCUUUCAAUAACUAAUUACCUGUCAAUAUCCCAGUAUUUGUCAAUAUCCCAGCAACUGUCAUUAUCCCAGCACAAGCUUCUAAAGAGUUAUUAUUUUUCAACGAAUAACAAGAUGACUUUCCGUGAAUCACAGGAUUGUUUGCCCCGAAGGAGGGAAGCAGAAUUAUUGUCUUUCGUGUGUUCAUUCUUUUUUGCAAACAUUUUAUUGUCACACAAUGAAAUUCGCAACCAUUUUUUAACCACUUGUUGGCUGAUAUAUUUACGUGCGCAGUCCGCUACGCAGAAAACGGAUAAAAAUCGUGUAAGAUAAUGUUCAAAUUUAUUACUAAAACUCUUGGAACAAUCUACCAGAAAGUGUUGUGACGGCACCGAGUGUGAGCUCUUUCAAGAGAAGACUUGACCAACACUGGAGCAGGUUCAGGUACAUUCAGGAGCCGGUGCAUACCCAGUAUUUGCCAACAGUGCGUGACAGAGACGUGACCGAUCGCCCAAGCGGCUAACAAGCCGAUCAGUGGUGAAGAGGAUAAAAGUAAAAAAAAAGUAAUAAUAAUAAUCCUAAAUUCGCUUGUCUAGUGAUUGUAAAGAUCUUGUCUCCCUUAAAAUGUAAACCUCUGUCCUGUGUGGCAGAAAAUAAUUACUACUUCGUCAGCACUAUGAACCUGCUGAAUUUACUGUACUUAUAUAUAAUUGUACUUGAGUCUCACGAAUAAAGGUGUUAAGCUAAA